CAAGCUUCAAGCUGUUGCAAAAAGGUUUCAUAUGUUCUGUUGUCAUUCAAAUUCUUUAUCCACAUAUGCAUGUCUUGCACUACAAAAAACCUAAACUAAAAACUCAAUCUAUAUUAAGUGUCCUCUUUUAAAACCCUUUUAGGUCAGUCAGCAAUGGCUGCAGCAGAAAUUCCCAGUUACAUUGUCUCUUCUCAGACUGAGAAACACAGGAGGGCCAGAAACUGGACUGAUGCAGAAAUGAGAGGUUUAAUGCUGGUUUGGGAAGAAUUUUUUGAUGAGCUGAAACAAACUAAAAGGAAUGCCAAAGUUUAUGAGAAAAUGGCUAACAAACUCUUUGAAAUGACUGGAGAAAUUCGCCACGGAGAGGAAAUAAAGAUAAAAAUUACAAAUAUGACAUUCCAGUACAGGAAAUUAAAAUGCAUGACUGACAGUGAAACUGUGGCACCUGACUGGCCUUACUACAAAACCAUUGAUAGGAUCUUAUCCAAAGUGACAGACCACAGCGAUGUGAAAAUGCAUGAAAAUCAGCAGCCAGGUCCUUCUACAUCACAGACAGAGGCCUCGCAAUCUCCAUCAGCCAAGUCCACCCCUCUGUAUUUGCCAUAUAACCAGUUCACAUAUGAAGGAAGGGAAGAAUGCUUUGAAGAUGAACAUUCAGAGAGCUCAUCAAGCUUGCUUUCUUACAAGCUGAGAGCUGAAGAAAGACCAGUUAAGAAAAGAAAAAUGCAAAACUGCAGUUUCCAAAAGAAGAAGCUAAAAUUAAUGGAAGCCAUGUUGGAAGAACAAAAGAAGUUGAGUAGAGCUAUGGAAGAAACCUGUAGAGAAGUGCGCAGGAUCCUGGAUCAGCAGAACAUCAUUCAAGUUCAAAGCUUACAGUUACAGGAGAGAAUGAUGAAUCUACUGGAGAAAAUGAUCUCCAAGUCUAAUGUGUAGUUUCCUUUGUGAAUGCCUCUGAGAUUACUAUUGCUAUUAUAGAUAACCAUUUAUUACACACCAUAUGUGUGUCUGUUGCCCUAUUCCCAGGUUUUCCAUGGAAAUUAAAACCCUAGUGUAAUCCUAGUUCAGCAAAGAAAACAUAAUGCAGGGUGAGAGCUAUCCAGUAUGAUAAAAUUAGUGCAAUAUAUGCCUAAAUUGAAUUAUUUUUAUACAGAAAGGUUAAGGGAUAAAUAGCUCUGGGAACUGAAGUACUAUUUAUGCCUAAGUCAGGUAUUGUUUUGCAAGCAGUGGUGCUGUAUAUUGCUUCACAUCAAGGACUGCAGCUUAAUCUGUUUUAGGAGAAUGAAAUAGUGCAUUUCUAAACAUGGUUAUUGCACUUUGACUUUGCUGAUGAUUAAACCCUGUUUUGAAACAUAUGCCUGAUUGUAUAAGUGACCUAUGGUUCUUGUGAAGAGCUAGUUGGGACCAUGAGCUACAUAAUUUUAAACUCUAUGCCUGAUAUGAAUAGUACUCUAAAGUAUGAGGGUAAAAAUAGUCUAUUCAAAUACAUUUUUUGAUAUAAAAACAAAAGCCCCAAACCACCUUCCUAUAUACUGAAUAUUAAAAUGUAUAGAAGAUACUUGAAGUUGCUUUUGAUAUUAAACGUUUAAAUUUUUUUCAUUAUUAACUGGAAUCUGUUGACUUAACAAACAACCAGCAAUGAAAACUUUCAUUUAUUCUCUAUCACAAAAGAAAAGUAUUGUACUGUGUGUAUAUACAUAUAUAUAAUGUCUAUCAAAUGAAAUAAAGAAAAAGAAGAAACUUACUGCUUACUGCUGGGCAGAAAUAAUGCUUUGGGACAGCAAGGGGUACUGGGAAUGAUAAGCGCAGUGAGAGGGUCACAGUCACCGAUGGCAGGGUGAGGAUCCGCGGUGCUGAUGCCCAGGCGGACAGGGAUGCUCCACACGAGGGAGCCGCAGGCACGGAGGAUUGGACCCAGGGAGCUGAGGCGCAGCGCCAGCUCGAGAUGGCUCCUCCAUGAAACAUUUAAAUGAUCUUUCACUUAAAUUCGAAAAUUGGCCGCCAGAAUUUCCUAUAUGCCUUUUUCUUUUGUGUUCUCCUUAAAAAAACACCAUAUUUCUGCCUGUUUUACUGUACAGGCAAGAGCAAAGGUUGGAUUCCAAUAUAGAAACUGAAGAAUUAGUACAAGGAACUCAGGCCAUUUUCCAUUCUCACUAUUGAAUAAUGUCCCCUCUUAAAACACUGUCUUUGAAGGUAUUUGCAUUCUCCUAUAUAAUUUAAUAUGUUGUUGCCUAAAGGUGAGCUAAAAUAUUUUAAAUCCCUGACACAACAAAUUAAUCUCUAAUUAUGCUUGCUGAACAGGAUGAAGGUUAUACUCACCAAGCAAAUUAAUAAUAUGUGGAAAUAUUUCUCAGAAGGUCCUCCAGGUAUGAAGAUUAA